GUGCCCCCAUCCCCCUGCCCGUCCCGUUCGGCCAUUUGCACAGAGCAGCCAGCCCGAGCCCGGCAACGAAGCCCCUCUGACCACCGGGGCUUGGGAUUUCUCCGAGCCAUAAAAGAGAGGGAGAGGCCCCAAAAGGAGGAGGCUACCAACACUCCCGUCCAAGCAGCCGCAGCGCCCGCCUGCAGUACCCCCCAAGCCCAACGCCAAUGGCUCCCUCUCGCGCCGCCGCCGCCCCCUUGGCGCUCUGCUGCAUUCUGCUGCUCGCGUCUUCCUCCGCCGCGUUCUUGCUCGACGGCGGGAAGUCGGCGGCGAAGGGCAAGGCCAAGGGCAACGGCAAGGCGGCUGUCGACGUGGAGUGGCGGCCGGCCACCGCGACGUGGUACGGCGACGCCGAGGGCGACGGCAGCACCGGGGGAGCGUGCGGGUACGGGACGCUGGUGGACGUGGUGCCGAUGAAGGCGAGGGUGGGGUCGGUGAGCCCGGUGCUGUUCAAGGGCGGCGAGGGGUGCGGCGCCUGCUAUAAGGUGCGGUGCCUCGACCAUGGCAUCUGCUCGCGCCGCGCCGUCACCGUCAUCGUCACCGACGAGUGCCCCGGCGGCGGCCUCUGCGGCGGCGGCAACACGCACUUCGACCUCAGCGGCGCCGCCUUCAGCAGGAUGGCCGUCGCCGGCGCCGGGGCGCACCUGCGCGACCGUGGGCAGCUCAAGGUGAUCUACCGAAGGACGGCGUGCAAGUACGGCGGGAAGAACAUCGCGUUCCACGUGAACGAGGGGUCGACCAGCUUCUGGCUCUCGCUGCUCGUCGAGUUCGAGGACGGCGAGGGCGACAUUGGAUCCAUGCAGCUGAAGCAGCGAAUUGGGGGUAAAUGGAGCUAUCUUAUUAGCCUUUCGUUGCCUUUAUCGGUGGGAACAAGCUUGGUGGGCUGCAUUGGACGAAUGUGCAACAGGACCGCAUAUUUUCCCCUUUGCGAAAAUGCGUGCAUGUGAGUUGGUCGUCCCUCCACUGUCUUUGAUGUGGUCGGAGACAUACUGCACUGUUGCUUUGCUUUUGCCCUCAUGCCUCUGCUGGCUAGCAUUUGUACCGUCGUUGGCUAGGCAUUCAUCAUCAAGCCCAUGCCGUGUCCUUGGAACAACAACCUGAGGUUCUAGAACGGCAAGUUUUCACCCAGACUAGUAGGGAGUAAUAAAGAAGUAGUAUAACAGCAAGUGAACCAAAUCCAAACACUGUUUAUAUUGCACUAAACCAGGUUAAAUAUGCAAAAGGACUGCCUUUUUCUUACAUUGUCUACCGCACACUGUGGUCAAACCCUUGAGUGAAGACGCAUGAUUGUCUUUGGCGCAUAUGAUUCCCAUUUGGAGCAUACAUGUAAAGAGGCAUCCAAUGUUAUUUUCUGGAGACAAAUGUAUAAAAGCAUCCAAUGUGGGCGGCGGCAGCACCGAAAGAUGGAACACGAACCCUGUCCCAGGAACUCCACUGCCCCGUGCUGGCCAAAUGAUGCUGCCGCUUUACCUCGCUCUCGCUCUCUGUCAUUAGGGCUAAAGACCAAGAAACAGCCCAGGCAUGCGGCUCUGCCCCUGGCUUUUGCACCUGCUAAUGCUUUCAUCCCAUGGCUGUUUGGACCGUGGACUCGUAGCAUCCUAGGGUUCUGGAGCCGAGUUUUUGCACGAUGUUGCGCUGCCUGCAAAGCGAGUUUCAGGCUCUGCUACUGCUCAUUUUGCUCUGUGUAUCUUAUCGGAUUCAUCGGGCGUUCAUCGGUGCUUAUAUAUGAUGUGUGUGUGCUUUGUUUUGUUUCACGUGGUGCGUGGCUGCAGGCGAACUCGGCGGAGUGGAUGGACAUGAAGCACGUG